AGACCAAAGGAAGUGUUAAGCGCAGAGGUUUUAUUAGCUGACAUAGUUCACGGAAAGUGGGUGUUAAAUAUCCGUCAUUUGACAUUUAAUUAUCAGCGCUAGUGCCAAUCGAGAAAGUAAUCAGCUCUCUCGCUUAACCCGUUGACAAUGAUUUCGCGGUCUGUCUCAUGGGCAUAAACCUUUCAGAAAUUUGUUCCCAAUGACAUCAAAAAAAUUAAGCAUUUGAAGGACUCCAAGGCCUUAUUAUUCUGACGAUAGACGUUGGAUUGUUGAGCCACUCGACUUAUUAUAAAUCAUCGGCUGACAUCUCGCAUAUCCACUUUGUUCUGGUUCAAACGUAAGACGAACCGACGAUUGACCAAACACAACGAUGCUGUCCUCUGGUUUGCUCUUUCUGAUAUUUUUCGUGGCCUUUGAGGGCACCGUGGUUACAGCUGAUGACGAAGAUUACGACCCUUGCAAGGCUGAUGGUAUCGUACAAGGUGAUAUCGCAGUUUCUGCCUCAGAACUGCGUCAAAGCAGAAGGAAAAGGGCUGCGACUGCCUUCAACAAAAGGCUCUGGCGAGAUGGUGUUAUUCCUUUUGAGCUACAAGACGGUGUUUACACAGGAGAACAGAAAGCGGUUAUUUUACAAGCCAUGCGUCAUUGGGAAAACGCCACUUGCCUAACAUUCAUUGAGCGAACGACAGAGAAAGACUUUAUUUACUUCCACAAAGGACGAUGUGGCUGCUGCUCGUACGUUGGACGCAAGGGGAAUGGGCGCCAAGGGAUUUCUAUUGGCAAGAACUGCGACAAGUUUGGCAUAGUGGUACACGAGAUUGGACAUACGGUGGGGUUCUGGCACGAGCAUACACGGCCUGAUCGGGCUGGCUUUGUCGACAUUUUCAAAGAGAAUAUAAAGAAAGGCGAAGAACAUAACUUUCUAAAACUCAGCUCCGCAGAAAUUAAUUCUUUGGAAGAGCCAUACGACUAUGCAUCCAUCAUGCACUACGGGAAAAACACAUUUGCAAAGGAAGUCAGUCAAAUAACCAUUUUGCCCAAAAAGGAUCCACAAACAGCUCUUCUCCCUGAAAUUGGACAAAGGGAAAAGCUCAGCGUUGGAGAUAUCAGACAAACUGCUAAAAUGUACCGCUGUCCAGAAUGUGGAAGAGCAUUACAAGAGCAAACCGGUACAUUUUCUUCCCCUGGAUUCCCCAAAAGUCAGAAGGACAAGUUAUGUGAGUGGCGCAUUGCUGCGACGCCGGGUGAGCGAAUCUUUCUCAAUUUUACCGUCUUUGGUCUCAGGAGAAGCUCAAGCAGAUGUAGGGAUGAGCACGUGGAAGUGCGGGACGGCUAUUCAAAGUCCUCGCCCCUGAUUGGCCGAUUCUGUGGAAGAAAAGUGCCACCUUCAAUAUGGUCUACUGGAAAUAGAUUGUGGAUUAAGUAUCAGUCGUAUGAAGUAGUAGGAAAACAAGGAUUUAAGGCAAAUUACAAAGCGGUAUGCGGUGGUGACAUAACCUUUCCGCAAGGAACCAUUCAGUCACCGAAGUAUCCGCAGUGGUAUCCCUCGAACAAGAAGUGUACUUGGAGAAUCACUUUGCCGACGGUUU